UGUAAAAGGCUGAAGACAGACAGAAAGAGAGAGAGAGAGAGAGACGGAUAUCAUUUAUCGUUGGAAGCUUCACUGUGUGGGGCCCACCUGCAUUCAAUUCCCCACCGUCUCGUCACCACAACUAAUUUACUAACUACUCCCCAACUAUAAAUUGAUUGGGAGAUUAGGGUUUUAUAGGGGGGUUUUGGUAGUGAUGGGGAUUAUUUCAUUGGUGACUGGAAUGCCUGGUGCAAGUGGUUUUGGAUCUGCUUCAACUGCUGAGCAGGUUACUGAGGGUGUUGAUGCAAGCAAUCUCACUGCUAUUGUUACAGGAGGAGCAGGUGGAAUUGGCACAGAGACGGUGAGAGUCUUGGCUCUCCGUGGGGCACAUGUCAUUAUCGCUGCAAGGAACCUCGAUGCUGCAAAUGACGCAAAGCAGCUCAUUCUCAAGGACAAUGCAGCUGCACGUGUGGAUAUCUUGAAGCUUGACCUUUCGUCGUUGAAGUCUAUCAGGGCAUUUGUAGAUAAUUUCAAUGCGAUGGAUCUCCCUCUCAACAUCUUAAUAAACAACGCCGGUGUAAUGUUUUGCCCUUAUCAACUCUCACAAGAUGGGAUAGAGAUGCAAUUUGCAACAAAUCAUCUUGGUCAUUUCCACCUGACGAAUCUUCUACUUGAAAAAAUGAAACAAACGGCUGGAGUAACUGGGAUUGAGGGAAGGAUUGUGAAUCUGUCAUCCAUAGCACAUCUUCAUACUUACGAAGAAGGGAUACGGUUUGAUGGGAUCAACGAUCAGGCCGGAUAUUCUGACAAGAAGGCAUACGGGCAAUCCAAAUUAUCAAACAUAUUGCAUGCCAAUGAGCUGUCUCGACGUUUUAAGGAGGAAGGUGUGAACAUUACAGCGAAUUCUGUUCACCCGGGGCUAAUAAUGACAAAUCUGAUGAGACACUCUUUCCUUCUAAUGAAGUUUCUGAUGGUGUUCACAUAUCUGUUCUGGAAAAAUGUACCACAGGGAGCGGCAACAACGUGCUAUGUGGCUCUGCACCCAAGUCUCAAAGGCCAAACAGGGAAGUACUUCCUCGACUGCAAUGAGUUUAAAGCGAGCCCGUUAGCCAGAGACGAAGGGCUGGCAAAAAAACUGUGGGACUUCAGCAACAAGUUGAUUAACUCAGCACAGCAACGCUGAAGAGCUGAUCCAGUACUGAAUAUGAAAAAGCUAAGCAUACCCCCAUAAUUAGCAUGAUAGUAGUUCUGAUGGGUGGGCCAUAUAUGUCAUCAUAUCUGAUAAUAACGGUGUGAUUAUCAUGAUAGAAGUGUGCUACUACUGUGUGCAUGUUUUAUAUGGAGGAUGUUGCACUCCUAUUGCCCAAGUAACUAUGUUUUUGUUGCCAAUAUCAUUAAAAUCAUAUCAUAUAUGAUUUGAA